AGAGCACACAAUGCAGCGAGUAUUGUACAGGCUACUGUUAGUCUGUCAUUAACCUAUUAAAAAGCUUAGUGUAAUAGUCUCCAUGCUUUCAACUUUACAACUCGCUUCAAGUCAGUCUUUGCAAACACAUCAGCAGUGGACUUCAGAUAGGAUAUAUAUCUUUUUAUAUAGUAUUUGACAUUUUUAAAGUUAUUUUGUGUGUGGUUUUUUUUUUUAAUUAAACUUUUGGAAAAAAAGUCCUCUAUUUAGAGGAACAGAUUACAGUCGCUGAAACUAAACCAAGGACGGAUUUGAAAUAUUCUGAAAAUAAAGCGAAUUGAGUUCUGCGUGGUAAGUUCUAAAUAUUAUUUGAUGAACAUUUUUGGAGUAUUUUGAAAAUUAUAGAAAAAUGUAUUUUUAUAGUUUGAUAAAUGUCAGUGCUAUUUGGUACAUAAUGGAUUGUUUUUCCUCUUAUAGCUUUGGUCCAUCAGUUUUUUUUUAGUUUACUACAAGUGCUAAGAAAUAUAUAUUUUAACCAAGCUUGAUUUAGAAAAAAAUAAAUAACUGCAAAUAUAAAUUGCUUUAAAAAAAUAUUUGCAACAGUUGACAUUCUGUCUUUGUUUUUUUUUCUAUUUGCUCUUUAACUGGCAAACAAAACAAAAUUGCAAAUAUAAUUACACUAACAUAAAAAACAGUAAAGGUUAAUAAUGUACACAGAAAAUAAUUCCAUGCAAAAAAGUGUAUGUUAGAGGGGAUCUUUCCUUUGUAAUAUGCCCUAUUGGGCACUAUGGAUAAGCCCCUCCUUUAUUUGCAAUAUACCCAUGCAAAUAAAAGAAUUGUAAUAACCUGGAAUACAGUGCCUUCAGCGCUGACUUUCACGCCCCUCUGAUGUAACAGGGGCCUUGCGCGAUCCAAUAUUAGGCUUCUUAUAGAGCGCUGGCUCAGAGUGCAUGCACUCGCUCCAGGAAGGUUUUUUUUUCCAGGAAGGGGUUUAAAAAAAAUAAAUACAUUUAAAGUAAAAAAAAAAUGUAAAUAUAUAUACUGUGGGAAAUGGAGGGAGUUGGGAGGGAGCACAGAGAGGGUGAGAAAGAGUGAUAGUGAAGCAAUCUUCUUCUUGAAGGUGCUCUGCCAGCAGAAAAUGAUCACGUCUGUCGCCAGCACAUAUAGGGGGACAUAUAUAUAUAUUAAACUGAGGACAGGGACAUUGAGUUUGUAGUCCUAUCGCUUUAGUUUUCCUUUAAAGGAAAAGGGGUGUAGUGAUUAGUGAUGUCGCGAACCGUCCGCGAACGGUUCGCCGCGGUUCGCCACGAACCGUUCGCGGCGAACUCCGGUCAGCUGACACAUGCCUGCCAAUCUCCGGCAGACCCUCCCUCCUAGACCCUCCUACUUCCUGGACAGCAUCCAUGUUGAAGGCAGCUUCAACAUGGAUGCUGUCCAGGAGGUGGGAGGGUCUGGGAGGGAGGGUCUGCCGGAGAUUGCAGGGAUGUGUCAGGACCGAGCGCCAAGUUCAUGGCAAGUUCGUGGACGGUUCGCGACAUCACCAGUAGUGAUACUUUUUUUUUUUUUAUUCUUUAUUUUGGCGGUGCAUAAGAUUUGUACAGUACAGGUGUGUCCGACAUUGGCAUUAUAAGUAUAGAUCAGUACAGUAAUAGCAUAGCACCUUUUUUUUUAUAAGUACAAUAACAGGGUAUAACAUUUUGAGAACAUCUGAGAGGAGUUGUGGGUGUUGGGUGUUUCGAGGAAGUUAGCUCUCAGGUGUUCCCAUGUGAUGUGUAGUAGAGCUGUUCGAGAUUCUGUGUUGAGGGUAGUGGUGGCAUAUCGUGUGUAUGCCUGUGGUGAGAUGUGGGAGUUCCCCUGGUGUGUGGGGUGUCAUUUGCCUAGUGGCUGAGUUGUUGAAUUGCAUGGGUGAGAUUCGCUAGGCGCUUUGCCAUAUAAAAAAAAUACCCCUUUCUGUCUCAUUAGAGAUAUUUUUGCCAGAAGCUCAAGGAAGCAAGGCGAAUGGUUAGCCUUAGGACCCACCUAAGAGGUCUGCGUUGAUAUGGCAGGUGGGCUUACCCUCUCAUGGCCAUUGGAGGUAACUAAAAACCUCCAUUUGUUUAAAAAUACAUAGGGAUGUGGAAAGAGCGCAGGUAACUUUUUUCUUUGGUUUUUACUAUAUGUAUUUUGGCUGAUGUGUAUUAUAGUCAUUGCUGCCGCCCAGGAGUAAUGGGAGUUUGAUCGCAGGACUAGUUUCUUUGGCUUUGCCAUAUUGCCAUGGGGGAGAUGUGCAUCCUCUUCCUAUGUGAUACCCCUGACCAAGGGGGCAGCGGGGGGGGGGAGGGUGUUGUGUUAGUAUGCAUCGAGCCUCAUGUCUCUGCGGAUUCUAUGUGUGGGAGAGAUAAAAAAACAAACAAAAAAAAAACAACCAAAUACAAAUCUAACUUAAUGCUAAACGGUUAUAACAGCUUCUCAUUGAGUUUUCCCCAGUGGCGUCUGCUCAGGUGCCAUGGCCAUAUGUGUUGUCCCAGUCCCCAGAUGUAGUCAGGUGUCAGCUGCCUGUGAGCUUCCGGCUCUCGGGACGAAGGGGGUGACUUGGGCAGGAUCCCAAGUGUCGACUGUGGGUCCUGAUGGCUUUCUGCUAGUCCCAGUGCUUGUAGGAAGGCCGGUGCCACCUCGAUCGACGUGAGUGUGUGAUUAAUAGUGAUACUUUUUGUAUAAUAAAAUCACAUCUCUGCAUUCAUUAGCCAAAUGAUUAGCAACUAUUUAGAAAUGUAGAAAUUGAGAUUUUAUAGAGUGUAUUGCCUAAACUGAUGUGAAAAAUUGAGAAAUUAUUUGCAUCUUUUAGACCAAAAAUAGAUCAUGGGAAGCAUUCUACAUCUCAACUAUUUUCUUUCUUUUUUUUGGAACAAUCUUUAUUGUAGGUUUUUCAUUUUUCAGUUAAUGCAAAUCUCAUGGUUUAAAAGCAAGAACAGUGUACAACAUGGUUUCUGACUCUACAAGCAUAGGAGGAAAGUGCCAACAUUAUGACAUGUAUAGUAAAUAAACUUGCAGUGCAUAGUUCCGUAAGCCAGUGUAGUAUUAAAUAUUGUAUACUUUUACUUCUCAUAACUCGAACAUACUGUAAAUCUCUAUUCUUGUAUUGCAUAUUUUUAUAAUUUAUCGGUGAAACAGUGCCAGUCAAUAACACAGUAGCACGCUUGUAUAACAUACAUUGUGUAAAAGGAGUAGUUAUAUCAGGGCAUGGUGGUGUCCCACCUGCCCAUCUGGCUGGGUUUGAGAUACAGGACUGAUAAGCGCUGUACGCCUGGGUGAGUGCAUCAGCUGUCUAAGAGGUAGAGUAGACAGGUCACUUGGGUAGUUGGUCGUCUUGUCAGGGCGGGAGGACCAGUAGGUCUCAGCUAUUUUCUGACUGGCUAUUAGAACCUAAAAUUUGCAAUUACCUUGUUAUUUCUCCACAAAAAUUCUGAAUUUGGGGGGCGGAGUUAGCGGACAAAAAGAGCAGACGUGCUGCAAGAGCGCUCUGCUACGACAAGCCUAUAAAAGCUAUUAAACAAACCUAAACUAGCUCGUUUUGCAGCAAAAACGCAUUGCCAGUAUGGGGAAGAAGUCCAGACGCCAGGGACCCGUCAAACCAGCGGGAUCCCAGGACAUUGGCGAUCUCCUACUCCGGCCUUCCAGGGCCUCGGGCACGGCCACACCUAAAGAAAAUGGCGACUCGCUUUCAGCCUCCUCCGAAGAACGGGCUAUGGAUGAGCUGGAUGAGAUACCAGCCGCAGGGGGGCUCCAUUACACAUCCUCCGAUGAAGAUAAUGAAUUGCCAGCUACCAAGGGCGACAUUAAGGCGCUCCUCCGCAACAUCCGAGGGCUAUUUGCGGCAGACAUAGUGCGAGAAGACAUACACAAAAUGGAGUGACGUGUUACUGCAGUCGAAAUAGACGCACAGGGACUCCCCUCCAGAUGCCAAACAAUGGAGACCCUGACAGCAGAGCUCCAAAAAGCCCAAGCACAACUUAUCAUUCGAAUGGACACUAUGGAAGACAGGCACAGGAGCAGAAAUAUUAAGAUCAGGGGCAUCCUUGAGUCAAUCGCGUCUGAGGAGCUGCCCCACUAUGCCAGGAGGCUGCUGAGCACCAUACUAAACCCCAGGCAGAACAAACAAGUCCUGGUGGAUGGGAUAUUCCGCAUACCUAAAGCUACCAAGGCACCGGCGGACUCCGCAAGGGACGUUAUCGUCCAGUUCCAGACAAGAUCAGCGCAACUACAAAUAAUGGCGGCAGUGAGGGGACAGCCUGCUUAUUCCUUUGAAAAUACUCACCUCGUAUUCUUUCAGGAUCUAUCCAGCCCUACGCUGUUAUGGAGAAGCCAGUUUAAACCUCUGACCUCGACACUACGCACCCACUCAAUCCCAUACUGUUGGAGCUUCCCCAGGAGCCUGGUCAUAUCGCAAGGAGAGAAGAGCUUACGACUUACCACAGCCGCAGAAUCGGACGCAGCGCUACAGGCCUUGGGCCUAAAGAGCCUUCUGGAACAGAGAGCACCACAUAAUUGGGACAUAGAUAAGCUCAUACCAUUCCAACCAUCUGGAACCCACAAAACGGGCCAGGCCCCCUCAGGUGCAAAUUCAACCUCCAGUAACCCAGGGAGGAAGGAACAGCACAGAAGAAUUAUGAAUUCUUAUAAUUCUUAUGGUUUUUUUUUUUUCACAAUGCACAAUUUCACUAUAUCAACUCAUCAUUCACGUUAAUAAUCUACAUCUUGUCUCUACUUCUAUUUUUAUAUUUAUAUUUUUUCCAUUAUUAUUAGUCUUAUACAUCUCCCCUCUUUCUUUUUUAUUUUAUACUCUUUGGUGUCUCCAUGUAUUCACUCUAUCUAUUUAAGGUUUCCAACAAUAUUAUUUAACAUUAUAACUAAAUCGACUACACAAUGCACUUUAUACAUAUUUAUUGCUUAUCCGUCACGUAAUCCUAUUUUACCUUCCAUCUACCUCCUCUUUUGUCCAUUUAUUUUUACUAAUCUAUAUUUUUUAUAUUUCUCUAAAAUAUUUUAUUUUUAUUUUUUAUUUUUUUAUAAUCUUUUUAUAAAAUACUUGUUCCAAUUAAGCACACAAUUACCACUUUAAUACAAUAUGUUUAUAUAUGUAUUAUUCACUCUAUUUGCUCAUAUCAUAUGCAUAAAUUAAUUUUUUAUUAUUUUUUUAUUAUAUUAAAUUCAUAUGUAUAAAUUAAUUUCUUAUUAUAUUUACAUCAAUAAUCUAUUUUUCGAUCUCCCUUUUUUUUUUUUUUUUUGGGAUAAAUUAACGAAAUCUAUGACUUUAACCUCUCUGUCGGCUACUCUAUCCCUAGUUCCAACUAUAACUCCUAUCUGAUCUCUAUUCAUUCAUAGUACUGAUCGCAAUCUAAAAUAGAACUUUAACCCUAAAUUAAUUAACAUAACCCUCUACGAAUAUGUUCCUUUUCAAUAUGCUCUUUUUGAUUGCAAUAUAACUAUAACUCAACUUUAACCCCUAUUCCUACUCCAUCUCUAUUCAUCUAUAGCACUGACCGCAAUACAAAAUAGAUCAUUAACCCUAAACCAAUUAGUAUCAUCCUCUAUAAAUGUCUUCUUGUAAUAUGCUCUCUUUAAAUAUGUCCUCGUAAACUAUUACUUCAUAUAAGAAAUAUUCAACAAUCUUUUAAAAUUUUCUGUAAAAAAAUGUCUUUAUAUUGUUGACACAACUUUCAUAUGACAGUCAAGACAUUUUACCAAUUUUUACAAUUUUCCAAAACCACUACUUUUACAUUUAUUCUCAUAUUCCAAUAUUCACUUGCAUUUAUUUACUCUUUGUUUUUAGAACAUGAAUUUUCAUAGUCUUAUAUACAUAUGUAUAUAUUUCAAAAUGUUUGUAUACAUAAAAUGUAACUUAUUGAUAAUAUGCCAGAUGUGUAUAUAAGUCAUGGCUCCGCAUUCAGCCUCCAUCACGUCUCUGAUGAAGUGGGGCUGACACCCACGGAACGCGUUAGACAGAUAGCAGUGAGCAGGAUACGGAGCAGUUUUGAACCGGCAGAAGGAACUCUUUCUUUCCAAUGAAAAAGCACUUUCAGUCAGGGGACCGAUUGGCCGACAGCACCUAUCACCCAGAGUGAGGUCUGGGACGCACGCCAACCGCAUCGGAUGCCGGCAAGUACAGAGACUUAUUUUGAUACAUAAUAUCCAUAUCAAUCCUGGCCGGUUUUUGUGGCUGUUUGAAAAAGAAGACUACCCUCCUGCCGACAAUCUUCUUGCAAACCGUUCCUGACUCAUAUUUUUAUAAUUUUUAAUACUUCUAUACUUUAAAAUUGUGAAUAAAUUUUCUAUUAUAGUUUUAAACUAUUUCUAUUUUUCUUUUUCUUUUUUAGUGGUUUUUUCUAAUGAAUAAUUUUUAUAUUUAUUAUUGCACUUUAGAAUACAGUACUAAGUAUUGUAUAUAUUCCUAAUCUGUACAAUUCAAAGGUACAUUCUUGGCACACCAUUUAGUCAACCUGCCUGUAGCAGAUUUAAAGAGAUACUCACUUUGAAUAGUUGUGUCAUUAUACUGAUUUGUGAUACUAACCCAAAUACAGCUUUGAAAACAGUUAUCUAUGCUGUUAUUCUAUACCGCUUAUAGUCGCUUAUGUUAAGUAGAGUAUUUGGUGUAUACCAUAUUGAAUCUGCCUCUUACAGGUUUAAAGUUGUACACACCAUACAUAUUGUUAUAUUACUCUCCCUAAAUAUUUGAACUCUUUCUUUGUAACAUAUUUGGCAUAACUAUAUAUACAACAGCCAUUUGUGGGUAAAACAGCUCCUGGAUAUAUUACACCAAAUUAAGGUGCUAUCCCUCUUGAAGCACAGACCAGGUACCUGAGGAACUGAACUUAUUCAACCUUAUUCAAAAGCCUGCCCUCCCUAGCCAGGAACAAUGUGUUAAGUUUGAGCAGGGCCGGACUGGGGAACAAAUUCGGCCCGGGCAUUUUUAAUUACAGCGGCCCACUGAAAAGGGGGCGGGGCCAGAUAGGGUGUGUUUUGUCAGCCCCAAUGACAAGCACGCCCCUUCUCAAAGUGAGCAUGUUGGUUCAAUGCUCUUCCAGGGCAUGAGAAAAGGGCCCUGUAUUUGAUCUGCACAGCGCAAGCAAAUUUAAUAACAUGCUUGCAUUGUGUUUGCUUGAAACUUGUCUCAGGGGUAUCUAGUGUGUUCAUAGGGGAUCCUGAGUGUGCAUGUCAGAAAUGUAGUGUGUGUGUAAGUGGUGCAGCAUCUGUGUGUAGGGGAUCUAGUGUGUGUUUGAAGGACUCAGGAGUGCGUAUAUGAGAUCUAGUGAGUUUGGGGGGUGCUGUGUGUGAGGGGUGUAGUGUGCAUUUGUGAGGAGUAUAGUGUGUGUGGGAGGGUGCUGUGUGUGGGGGGGGUGCAGUAUGUGUGUGGGAGGGUGCAGUGUGUGGGGGUGCAGUAUGUGUGUGUGAGGGUGCUGUGUGUGAGGGCGCUGUGUGUGAGGGCGCUGUGUGUGAGGGCACUGUGUGUUAGGGCACUGUGCGAGGGUUCUGUGUAUUUGAGGGUGCUGUGUGAGUGAGGGUGAUGUGUGUGUGAGGGUGAUGUGUGUUGGGGUGCUGUGUGUGUGUUGGGUUGCUGUGUAUGUGUUGGGGUGCUGUGUAUGUGUUGGGGUGAUGUGUGUGUGUGUGUGUGCUAGGUUGCUGUAUGUGUUAGGGUGCUGUGUGUGUGUUAGGGUGCUGUGUGUGUGUGUUAGGGUGCUGUGUCAAUGUUAGGGUGCUGGUGUUAGGGUGCUAUGUGAGUGUUAGGGUGCUGUGUGAGUGCUAGGGUGCUGGUGUUAGGGUGCUGUGUGAGUGUUAGGGUGCUGUGUGAGGUGCUGUAGUGUUAGGGUGCUGUGUGUGUGUUAGGGUGCUGUGUGUGCUAGGGUGCUGUGUGAGUGCUAGGGUGCUGUGUGUGUGUUAGGGUGAUGUGUCAAUGUUAGGGUGCUGGUGUUAGGGUGCUGUGUGAGUGGGUGCUGUGUGUAUGUUAGGGUGCUGUGUGUGUGUUAGGGUGCUGUGUGAGUGCUAGGGUGCUGUGUGUGUGUUAGGGUGAUGUGUCAAUGUUAGGGUGCUGGUGUUAGCGUGCUGGUGUUAGGCUGCUGUGUGGUGUUAGGGUGCUGUGUGAGUGCUACGGUGCUGUGUGUGUGUUACGAUGAUGUGUCAAUGUUAGGGUGCUGGUGUUAUGGUGCUGUUUGAGUGCUAGGGUGCUGUGUGUGUGUUAGGGUGAUGUGUCAAUGUUAGGGUGCUGGUGUUAGGGUGCUGGUGUUAGGCUGCUGUGUGAGUGUUAGGGUGCUGUGUGAGUGCUACAGUGCUGUGUGUGUGUGUUAGGGUGCUGUGUGUGUUAGGGUGCUGUGUGAGUGCUACGGUGCUGUGUGUGUGUUAGGGUGCUGUGUGUGUGUUAGGGUGAUGUGUGUGUGCUUGGUGCUGUGUGUGUGUUGGGGUGAUGUGUCAAUGUUAGGGUGCUGUGUGUGUGUUGGGGUGCUGUGUGUGUGUUAGGGUGAUGUGUCAAUGUUAGGGUGCUGGUGAUAGGGUGCUGUGUGUGUGCUAGGGUGCUGUGUGUGUGUGUGUAGGGUGCUGGUGUUAGGGUGCUGUGUCAAUGUUAGGGUUCUGGUGUUAGGUGCUGUGUGAGUGUUAGGGUGCUGGUGUUAGGGUGCUGUGUCAAUGUUAAGGUGCUGGUGUUAGGGUGCUGUGUGUGUGUGGGUUGCUGUGUCAAUGUUAGGGGCUGGUGUUAGGGUGCUGUGUGUGUUAGGGUGCUGUGUCAAUGUUAGGGUGCUGGUAUUAGGGUGCUGUGUGUGUGUUAAGGUGCUGUAUGUGUGUGUUAGGGUGCUGUGUCAAUGUUAGGGUGCUGGUGUUAGGGUGCUGUGUGUGUGUGUUAGGGUGCUGUGUAUGUGUUAGGGUGAUGGGUGAGGGUGAUGUGUGUGUUUGCAAGGAUUUUGUAUUGGGGGGAGGCAGGUAGGUGUUUUACUAAAAAUAAUAAUAAUAAAUACAUAAUAAUAAUAAAUACAUAAUAAUAAAUAAUAUUAAUAAAUACAUAAUAAUAAUAAAUACAUAAUAAUAAUAAAUACAUAAUAAUAAAUGAUAUUAAUAAAUACAUAAUAAAUACAUAAUAAUAAAUACAUAAUAAUAAAUACAAAAUAAUAAAUACAAAUAAUAAUAAAUACAUUAUAUACCCACUCCCCCACCCCCUCCAUUCUUACCUGUAGCCUGGAAGAGGGGGGGGGGGGUCAUGCUGCUGCCAGCCAUCCCUAGUGGUCCUCGUGGUAAGUGAACUCUAGCCCUUUGGGGCUAGAGUUCACUCUCGCGAGACCCGGCCGGUUGCCAUAGCAUGUUAGAGCUCCGCCGGGUCCUCUUUCCUGGCGGCUGUCUCCCUCCCUCUCUACCCGCCGGCGGCCGCGUUUGAGCGCAUGUGGGCCGGUGAGGGAGAUCUUUGAUCUCCCCACCGGCCCUCCAUGGAAGACAGCGGGGCCGGCGCUCGGAUAACGCCGGCCCUGCAUAGACCGGCAGGGGAGAUCCUGGGAUCUCCCCUGUCGGCCUCAGCCCAUAGCCACCGCGGCCCACCAGGCAUUUGCCCGGUGUGCCCAAUGGCCAGUCCGGGCCUGAGUUUGAGGUUCCGAAGCUCAGCGCUCGGCAACAAGGUGCCUCCACCUACAACUAGGCCAGAGAAACCAAGGGCGAACACCGGGGGAGAGCCCUGACACACCUGGGAACAAACACACCUGCUCAUAUAUGAGCACUUACCGUGGCGAAAGCCAAAGCAAAAUACAAAUCCUUGUAUCGCUGGUACCGAUCCCAUGGCGCUUGCAGUGGUAGCCUAGUGACUGUUUCCGAUGGUCUGCGAGGACAUUCAUCAGUAUGAAAAAUUGAAGGACUUGUUCCUUAAUAGUACCUUACACCUCCUAAACCGCAAAAUGUUACAUUGUACUGUAAAUAUUUGAUCGCCUCACUUUGCAAAUAUGUCCCAAUCUGGAAGUGUACCUGUAUCAGUUGAAUAUAAUUUACUUAGUUUGAAUUUAAUUGAAUUUAACUUACUUAUACAUGACAACACAUACAAUACCGCAGUAACUGUAAACCAAGGGUACUUACACGGCACUCGGACCUUAUCUAUUGUACAGUGUAACAUUGCCAUGGCAGAGGAAAACAAGUAAUGUAGAGUAAGACAAGUAAGAUAGAAGGCCUACUCUGAGCCAUAUGGAGGGGCAGUUGACACUUUCCCCGCUUAUUAAAACACAUCACAACCAACGCAGUCCACACAUAGUGGGUUGGUAGCCUGUGAAUUGUCCCCACACUUCGAGCCUACGAACUUCACAAGGGUAAUACAAAUAACAGCAAACCACCCCAUGCUACCCCACAUCAAAAUCCAAGUCCUUAUAGAGGGAGCAGGUCGUAAAUCUACCCCCCCCUUACUCUAAUUUACUCCCCAAUAAGCACACCCAAUUUCCAAUGAAGGCAGAUUGGAAGGUACAUCAUGACCACGGCGCUGCCGAUCUAUAAACCUCCCCCCCACACCCUCCCAAGCUCAGGGUUACAGAGCACCCCACCCAGCCUACGAAAACAGCAGCCGAGUUGGCUACACACCAAAAGUAUAGAAUAGCGUACCUUAGCCUGUUUAUUUUAUGUACCGGUGAUUCUUUCAAAACCUGUAUGUAUAUGUUACCUACAACUCAUAUCACCUUUUUCCUUAACAAAAAUUGUGCAUUGUAUGCCUAAAUCAAACUUACCAAAACGAUGUUAUUGUUAUUCUUUCUCAUGCACUCAAAAAUAAAGAAUUUAUAUAUAAAAAAAAAAAUUCUGGAUUUAGUUAAUAAAAUAGACUUCUGCAUAGCGAGACAAUUUGGUCCAGCCAACCAUUUUUCCUGAAAAUAAAAAAAAUGUUGAACUUCCAAAUGAGGCUACAUGUCAGUUUGGCUCUACUGAACUUUAGCACCAAAAAAAUAGAUUCAAGAAACAGAGCAGACUAACCAAAAGUCAGCAGAAAUGGGCCAAUCAGUGUACUGCAAUAUAUAUAUAUAUAUAUAUAUAUAUAUAUAUACAUAUACAUAAUAUAAUAAUCAAGUAAGGAAGUAAGGAAUCAAGUGGCUCAAGUAAGAAAACGUAACCAAUUAAAGGAACACUAUGGUCACCUAAAUUACUUUAGCUAAAUAAAGCAGUUUUAGUGUCUAGAUCAUUCCCCUGCAAUUUCACUGCUCAAUUCACUGUCAUUUAGGAGUUAAAUCACUUUGUUUCUAUUUAUGCAGCCCUAGCCACACCUCCCCUGGCUAUGAUUGACAGAGCCUGCAUGAAAAAAAAACUGGUUUCACUUUCAAACAGAUGUAAUUUACCUUAAAUAAUUGUAUCUCAAUCUCUAAAUUGAACUUUAAUCACAUACAGGAGGCUCUUGCAGGGUCUAGCAAGCUAUUAACAUAGCAAGGGAUAUGAAAAUCUUAAUUAAACAGAACUUGCAAUAAAGAAAGCCUAAAUAGGGCUCUCUUUACAGGAAGUGUUUAUGGAAGGUGUGACUAGGGUUCAUAAACAAAGGGAUUUAACUCCUAAAUGGCAGAGGAUUGAGCAGUGAGGCUGCAGGGGCAUGUUCUAUACACCAAAACUGCUUCAUUAAGCUAAAGUUGUUCAGGUGAUUAUAGUGUCCCUUUAAGGGAAAAAUAUCUAUAUUUCUAUAUUUAAUAAGUCUAUAAAUAUACAGGGACAUUCCUAGGGAUUGGCAAAACCGGCACCUGCCGGGGGCCCAAAGUCAGUUGUUAGCAGGGUCGGCCCCUGCAUAGGUACUGUCUGAUGGGGCCACAGGCCCCGAGGAGGGACUUUGACAGGGGCGGCAAAUGCCAGCCCUGUACAUUAUAACUAACCUGCAGUAUGGGCCUAGGCCGUCUAUUUCAACUAUUUGCAUACAUAUAUAAAGAGUACUGCUAUAUAUGUAUGCAGUCCCAGGCCCUGCUGGCUUGCCCAUUAAAGGGUGGCCCCUGCAGUCUCUUCCCCUCCAGUAGCACCAGGUCCUCUCCUGGAUUGAGUUUUAGAUACAUUUUAGCUUAGAAUUCUGCAUUACGAACAAUCACAUGAUCAGGUUAUAUUCAGAUAGUUUUGAAAUCUCCAUGUCCAUAAUUAAAAAUGAUGCACAUACCAUUUUUAUUUUGGUAAAAGUCACAUCUAUAAUGGAGGUUCUUGUAUUUUACAACUCCUAUGCACGAACCUAGAAUGCAUUUUGUGCAUGGUCAUGUGUAAAGAAUUCAGGGACUGACGUCUGUGUUUUAGGAGCUUUGAUUAACCAUAGCCCUAGCCAGGGAGCUAUAUUGUGGUCCUCUCUUAGACUUGGGCUCUUUUUCUGUAAGUGGUGUGUAGUCGUAGAGUGUUGUGUGUUUGGAGGAGGAUGACAGCUGUAUUGUGGGUGCUAAGCAUGUUUGUGUGUGCUGGUUGAGUAUUGUGUGUGUGUGUAGGAGAGUUUGACUGUGGCUGAGUAUUGUGCUUGUGUAUAUUUUGCUUCCCCAACCUGCUUACCUUUCCUGGUGAUCCAGUGGAGAGUGAGCUGGAUGCCUAAUGGUCCAGUCGAAACUGAGCUGGAUGCAGAGGUGUAACUAGAAAUCACAGGGCCUGGUGUGAAAAUUGCCCUGGGCCCCCUCCAUAUGUCUCAACCCCCAGCCCCUUCAUGUGUCUCAUUUACACACUGACAUACAUGCAGAUACACACCAUAUAACACAUACAGAUACAUACACGGACACACAUGCUGAUACACAGACACACAUACACAAACACACACACACACAAAUACAAAUACAGACACACAAACUAACACACAAAUACACAUAUAUACACACAGACACACAUGCAGAUACACAGACACACAGAAUGAGAUACGCAGAAUGACACUCCUAUUGAUACAAACACUGACACAAACUGACACACAUAUGGAUACACAGACACACAUACAGACAGAUACACAAACACUUAAGGACAAACAUUCAAAUACACAGAAUGACACUCAUACAGAUACAGUGACACACAUUAAGAUACACAGGGCACACACUGACAUACAGAUAUGCAGACAUACAGAUACACAUGCACAAACACAGACAAACACAUAGAGAGAUACACACACAUACAUACAUUUAUUUAUUUAUAAAAUAUUUUACCAGGAAGGAUACAUUGAGAUUUCUCUCGUUUUCAAGUAUGUCAUGGGUGCACAAAAUAUUGCAUUGAUAUGAUAGGGUACAAUAAAAUACAAAAACAAUAGUAACACACAAUAUAUACAAAAUUUAACAUAGAACAGGUAAGAAAUAUAUAAUCAACCAUGACAGGUGCAUUCUGUUUUGAGGUAUGUAGAGAGGGAUCUCUUAAAGUAUUUUAGGCCUGUGGAAGAUUUGAAUGUGUGCAGGAGGUCGUUCCAUAAUUGCGAUGCUCUGUAGGAAAAGGAGGAUCGAGACGCUUUCUUUUUUUAUCGAGAUAGACUAAAUAAAGUGCUGGUACUGGAUCGGAGGUUACAGGAGGUGGGAACAGCCUGGGAGAGCUUUCUGCUCAGGUAGGGUGGGCGAUUCCGAGAAAAGUUCCUAAACACAAGGCAUGGAAAGAUGAAGGGUACGUCUAGAUUCCAGCGACAGCCAGUUUAGUUCUUUUAGCAUGUCACAAUGGUGGGUCAUGUAAUUACAUUGUAGCACAAAGCGAGAGAACAGAUUAUAACAUGCAUUAAAGGAUCACCCCUGUAAAUUUGGCAGUCUUCAUAAAUAGUAGUUUCUGUGAAAACUGGCAGAAUUUACUAUGAAAAAAAUCACAUUUUAGAUCACUGUAAUAAAUGCUAUCAAAAUAUUGAUGGAAUUUAGCCACCACCACUAUUCAGAACACUUUGAUAAAUAUCCCCCACUGAGUUUCCUUAUAGCACUGUAUGCCACAAUCUCAACCGGCCCAAGAAUUACAUCACACUGUGGCUUUACUUUGUUUAAGUUCUUAUGUUUCACGCAUUGUAUAUUAUGCAACUCAGAAAAUAUGGAAUGUUAACUUAUUAUUUUAGUAACUGCUCAUUGAACAUUUCUAAGCAACCAUUACAACCAUUACAACAACAUUUAUUGUUUUAUUCAGUAUACAAAGGUGAGAAACCAAGUCAGUGUUGCAACUGCCCAAUGUGCCCAAUCUAAUAUUAAUGGACCGGAGAGCUGCCCAAAUCCCCUAGGUGAAAUGGCUCAAUGGAGCACCCAAACCCCAAGGUUUCCUAAGUACAUAGUGGUAAAGGAACACUACAGGCACCUUAACCACUAGAGCAUUCAGUAGUGGUUGUGGUACUAGAAAUGCCUGCCUUACCCUCCUAUUGUAAGGAGUGGUAGGGACAUAUCAAAACUGUUGGCUACCGAUACUGAUGUUUUAUUACCUCCUAAUUGGUAAUACUGUUUAAGUUUACAUUUAUUUGCAAUCAUAUUGCUAUUUACGACUGUGCGAGACCUGCGUGUCUCAUAUGUUGCUAUCCUAUCACACUGUUGUACAUUUCGAUGACACAAAUAAAAGCUGAUUGAAACCAAAACUGUUGGCAUUAAGGUUAUGGGCAUAUACAAACUGGGUGGAUGAAGGUGGGGAUGUACAAAUUAGAGGCAUGAGGGUUGGAGGUUAUGUGCACCUCUGACUCUUGCUUUCUAGACUUCUCUGCACAUUUCCGUUGGCACUCCCUUCCCUACUCCAUUAGACUCUUACCAAGUUUAAACCAAAAUAAAUUAUUUUUUUAAAUCAUUUUUUUCCCUCAAUUGAAAACAACAAGCAUCAAGAUAAUCUGACAAGGAAUGAAAAAUUAGCACUUAAAGAUUUUCAAAGUGAUAAAACAAUUGUGGUGAAACCAGCAGAUAAUAGGGGAGGAGUAAUUAUUUGGCAAAAAGAUAAAUAUGUGGAAAAAUUAUAUUAUUAUUAUGUUAUUUAUAUAGCACCAUCAAAUUCCACAGCGCUUUACAAUAGGUGGAUGAACAGACAUGUAGUUGUAACCAGACAAGUUGGACACACAGGAACAGAGGGGUUGAGGGCCCUGCUCAAUGAACUUACAUGCUAGAGGGAGUGGGGUAAAGUGACACAAAAGGUAAGGAUAGUAUUAGGCUGGUGACAGUUGAAGAAGAGGAAUCAGUCGGGAGCUAUUAACAGUUUAAUUGAUACGCUUUUAUGAAGAAGUGGGUUUUUAACGAUUUUUUGAAGGAGUGGAGACUGGGUGAGCAUCUAACGGAGGAGGGAAGCGAGUUCCACAGGAACAGUGCAGCCCUCGAGAAAUCUUUAAGGCGAGCAUCAGAGGUGGGAGUACGGACAGAAGAUAGACGUAAGUCUUCAGCAGAUCGUAAGGGCCUAAACGGGACAUACUUGUGUAUAAGGGAGGAUAGAUAGGUGGGAGCAGAAUUAUGUAGAGGUUUGAAAGCAAGAACCAGAAUUUAAAAUUGAGCUCUAUAUCUUAUAGGAAGCUAAUGUAGGGACUGACAGAAGGGUGAGGCGUGGGAGGUUCGGGCGGACAGGAAGAUGAGCCUCGCCCCCGCAUUCAUUAUGGACUGUAAUGGCGCAAGUUGGAAGCACGUAAGACCACUGAGAAGCAGAUUACAGUAGUCAAGGCGAGAAAGGACACUGGAAUGGACCAGCACCUUAGUUGCAUCAGGCGUUAAGUAGGGGCAGAUGCGCGCAAUGUUUUUGAGAUGGAAAUGGCAGGAUUUGGCGAUAGACUGAACAUGUGGCUUGAAGGAGAGGUCGGAGUCAAAGAGAACACCUAGGCAGCGAACCUGGGUGGUGGAGCUGAUGGUAGCACCAUUGACUUUGAGGGUGACAGACACAGGAGUAACAACACUUGAAGGAGGAAAGACCAGAAUUUCAGUUUUGGUCAAGUUUAGUUUAAGGAAGUGGGCAGCCAUCCAGUUAGAAAUAGCAGAGAGGCAGUCAGAGACACUAGUCAAGAGGGACUGGGAGAGAUCAGGAGAGGACAGGUAGAUUUGCCUGUCAUCUCCAAAGAAAUGAUAUUGGAAGCCAAAGGAGCUAAUGAGUUUACCAAGGGAGGCAGUAUAGAUGGAGAACAGUAGGGGACCAAGGACUGAACCUUGGGGGACACCAACAGAGAGGAGUUGGGGAGAAGAAGCAGAGCCAGAGAAAGAAACACUGAAAUAGCGCUGGGAGAGGUAGGAGGAGCACCAGGAGAGAGCAAUAUCUUGUAGACCGAUAUUGCGGAGGAUGAGAAGAAGCUGUUGAUGAUCAACAGUGUCAAAAACCGCAGACAGGAUAAGGAGAACUAGGAUAGAGUAGUGACCAUGAGAUUUUGCAGUGAGUAGAUCAUUGAAUACUUUGGUCAGUGCCGUUUCCAUAGAGUGCUUAGCCCGGAAACCAGACUGAAGCGGGUCUAGCAGAGAGUUGGACUCGAGGAAGUCUGUCAAUCUCGCAUACUCAAUUCUUUCAAGGAUCUUGGAUGCAAAAGGCAGUAGCGAGAUAGGACGGUAGUUGGAUGGGGAGUUAGGGUCAAGGUUGGGCUUCUUUAGAAUUGGGAUUACAGUUGCAUGUUUGAAGGGCGAUGGAAAUAUACCAGAGGAGAGAGAGAGAUUGAGAAUUUUAGUGAGAGGUGGAGAAAGAGAAGAAGACAGAGUACGGAUGAGAUGUGAGGGAAUUGGAUCUAGGGAGCAGGUGGUGGGGCGGGAGGACCUGAGCAGAGCAGAAACCUCUUCCAAUGUAGCAGGUGCGAAUGAACAUAGAACAGCAGAGGGAGUGAAGUUAGGGGAAGUAUUGUAAGGGGAAGAAGAAAGAUGAGAGAUCUGUUCCCUGAUUGUAGAGAUCUUGUCAGUGAAGUGAGUUGCAAAGUCUGAGGCAAGUUAGUAGGUGAAGGAGGAACAACAGGGCGAAGAAGAGAGUUAAAUGUGUGAAAUAGUUGUUUGGGUUCGCGGGAGAGUGUGGUUAUGAGGAUAUUGAAGUAAUUUAGUUUUGCAGAGGAAAGAGUCAAGCUGUAUGAGCUCAGCAUAAAUUUAUAGUGGAGAAAGUCAGACGCACAGUGAGACUUUCUCCAACAGCAUUCAGCAGUUCUGGAGCAUUUUUGGAGGUAUUGAGUGAGCUUGGUGUGCCAGGGUUGUUGUUGGGGGCGCCUGCAGGGUUUAAAUGUAGAAGGUGCCAUGGUGUCUAGUUGAGAGGAGAGGGUGGAAUUGUAGAAAGAGGUUGCAGUACUAGGGCAGGUGAGGUUUGAGAUAGGUAAAAGGAGAGUUUGGAGAUUAGUGGAGAAAUGCUCUAGGUCAAGACAUUUGAGGUUUCUGUGAGAGUGAUGUUCAGACGGUGGUGUCAAUUGGGUCUUAGGUAUGUCAAAGGUCAGCAGAUGGUGGUCAGAUAGAGGAAAAUGAAUAUUGGAGAGAUUAGAGGCAGUAUAGAGGUUGGUGAAGGCGAGAUCAAGAGUGUUUCCCGCUGUAUAUAGCCAACUAAGAGAUGAAACUACUUAUACAAAACUCCCCAACAACCCCCUGGAAACAAUUAAAAGUGAUUAUAAGACAUUUUUAAAUAAGGGACUAAAUGACAGAAUUUUAAAUAAAAAAAAAAGAGUAUGAUUUUUUUAGAUAUACAAUUUCCAAGAAUACAGGUCAUUUAUGUUCUCCCCAAGGUCCAUAAAAAUGUUAAUAAUCCACCGGGGAGACCAAUUGUGUCUAGCAUUGGAUCCCUUUUAUCGCCAUUAUCCCAGUGUAAUAAUUAUUUCCUGCAAAGUCCGGUAAAACACUGCCAAACAUAUGUAAAACACACCUUUAGUUUUUAAAAUAUUUUAAAUAAUCUUAAAUGGGAAGAUUCAUUUAAUAUGGCCACUUGUGAUGUCGGUAGCCUCUACACCAAUAUUCAGCAUGAGAAAGGUUGUGAGGCCACCAGACAUUUUUUUAACUAAAUUUGGAGACAUUUCCAGCUCUCAAACUGACUUUUUAAUUGAGGGAAUAAAUAUGAGUUAAAAAAAUUAUUUCUUUUGGUUUAAUAGUUAAUUUUAACUUUAGAUUAAGGGUACGGCAAUGGGGACCAUAUUUGCCCCUAGUUAUGCAAAUUUCUCUGUCUUACUGGGAAGAACUUUUUAUUUAUUCCAUAAAAGACAUUGGGGCAAAUUUGGUCCUCUAUAAACGUUAUAUUGACGAUAUUGUUAUAUUUGGAAAGGCAGUGAAGAGUCUUUAAAACUAUUUAUUGCACAAAGAGGAAUGUUCAUGUAAACUAAAGUUAUAUAUUGUAUUUUUAUGAAUGACCUCUCAAAUACUGGCUUCUGCGUAAGCCCAAAUGUUGACUUGAGCCCGCUACACCUAUCGUAUGAAAAAAUAAAGAAUGUAAAAAAACCAAAAAAACUAUGUAUUGAUUCUCUUAAUAUUAAUGAGUGGAAUAUUACACUCACUUAUGAUAUAAAUUCCACCCAAAUUUAGAUCUAUCCAUUUAUAUUGAAGACCAAAAGAUUAAAAGUAAAACUUUUUUUUUAAGUCAGUGAAUGUUAAUAGUUUUAUUGAUUGCACUAGCUGCCAUUUUAAACCUUGGUUAAGCAAUAUACCAAAAGGGCAGUUUUUAAGACUUAAACGCAACUGUACGGAAAAUAAAGAAUAUAUAAAACAAGCCUGGCUUUUAAAAGAACAAUUUUAGAAAAAAGAUAUAACACGUCAUUUUUAGAACAAACCUGUAAACAAGUGGAAAAAAUAGAAAGACAACCACUUCUUAAAUAUAAGGUCAAAAAUAAAAGCCAGACAGGUAGAGUCAAAGUCCCACUUAUUUUUGUUCAAUCAGAAUAUAUGGAAAAUCAUUUAUAAGAACUGGCACAUUCUUAAGAUCGAUGAAGAAAUAUCCCCUCUUUUAGAAGAAAAAUCUAGAUUUAUAUUUGCAGGAGCCAAAAAUUUUAAACAAAUUUAAACCAAAAGGUUUUUAGAUAAAGAAAAUGAAAGGAAUACAAGUAAUUUUUUAAAAGAACAAAAUGUUUUUUACUUUUGUGAAGAAUGUAGAGGGUGCAAAUCGAGAAAGAAUAAAUUCAAAAAUAUUUUUAAAUUCACUUCAUUUGCAACUGAAAAAGACUAUGAUAUUAAAACUUUUAUAACGUGCAAUAUGAAGGACAUUAUUUAUUCAUGAUAUGCCCUUGUGGCUUUCAGUAUAUAGGUAAAACGUCACGCUCUUUAAAAAUUUGUAUUAGAGAACAUAUCUAUAAUAUUAAUCAUAAAUUUACUAAUCAUAGCGUCUCUAAACAAUGGGGAUCCAAGUGGACUAGAAUCCCUAGGACUAGAGAGAAUAACAGUUCAUUGGAAGGGUGGAGAUAAAAAUAACCUCCUCAGGAAAUGGAUCUUUAAUGUAGACUCCCUCAUACCACAAGGAUUUAAUGCUGAUUUUGAGAUUACUCCAUAUAUAUAGAAAUAUAAAAAUAUAGAAUUUACUUUUUUGUUCUCUUCUUUUUUAAAUUUGUAUGUGUUUAUAUUUAUAUAUACUAUGGAUAAAUAUAUGUUUUUAUAUGUAUCUAUUUUUUAUAUAUUUAAACAUUUAUGUUUUUUAUUAUGCUCUCAUAUUUAUGUUAACUAUUAAAAUUGUUCCCUUUUUUCUAACAUCAUUUCCUCUUUUUUCUACUUUCCCCAGGACUUUUACUAAAUAUAAUGUAUUAUAUAUAUAUAUAUAUAUAUAUAUAUAUAUAUUGUUUUUUAAUAUAAGUUAUAUGUCUUCCUGUUGAUUAGGAUAUAUUCUAUGUCAUUUGGUCCGGAAUACUAUAUAUAUAUGUUUUCUUAAGUUAUUAGUUUAAGUUUUUUAUAUUUAGGAUCAUUUAGAGUUUUUGUCCCAUAGUAAGACGUUUAUACAAAGAAAGAUUAGACUAGGCUUGCAAAAAACAAGACCAAUACUAAUCCUAUUACCCUUGUUUAAAUUAACUAAACAGGUAUUAGGCUAGGUGCCUUGAUUAAAAACACAAACUUUAUUGAAUCCCUAUACGGGUAAAGAAAUCACACACAAAAAGAUAAUAAAUGUAGUAAAAGAAGAAGUCAAAAUAAAUGUGUUUGAAAAACGAAAAAGUAAAGUAAAUAUACUUGUUUAAAAUAGGACCAACUGUCAGAACUUAGACACAGCUGAGUACCUUUGAUUAUUGCAACUCUUUGCAACACUGUAUUGGGUCUAUUAGCUAGUGUAUCUCGUUUUUAAGUGGGUGUGUAAUCUUGGAACUACCAUUGAAGUUCUGACAGUUGGUCUUAUUUCCAGCGCCGCGCGGGUCCACCUGCACUGGCUCCGCUCCCUUGGUGAAAUCAUCGAAAUUGCAGAUUUUUGGCCAAUCCAAUGCUUUUCCAUAGGGAAAGCAUUGGAGUGGCUAAAACGGCACGGGGGCAGGGCCAAAUGCCGUUUUGGCCAAUCAGGACCUCCUCAUAGAGAUGCAUUGAAUCAAUGCAUCUCCAUGAGGAAAAUUCAUCUAACGAGUGGCCACUUGGAGGUGUCCCUAGGGGCAAUAUAAACAUUUUCACUGAUAAGGUAGUGUUUACAUGAAAAUGCCUAAAGGGAGCUAUUAUACUCACCAGAACAACUACAUUAAGCUGUAGUUGUUCUGGUGACUAUUGUGUCCCUUUAAGGUUUCACUUUUUAAAAACGUUAUUAUCCUAUGUUUUUUCGUGUUUGCUUUAAUUUACAGGAUUAUCCCAUUUACAUGUGUGGUAAUAUUUAUGCCUUUUAGUUAUGCUCUCACCACAUUUUGUUUGAUUGUAAGAAGAAAAUAGUAACAUAUACGCUUUCAUUUCUGUAUUGCAUAAGUUUCUGUAGAGUCCCCUCUUGUCCAGUUUCCAUACACCCUCAAAACUCUUUCUUCCUCAGUCUCAAUUUCUCUUCCCCAGUCUCUCUUUUGGUCUGUCUCUCAUUCCUACCUCUUCCUCCAGUGAACAUCCCUUUCUUCUGCAGCAGUUCCAUUCAUCAGAUAUGGCAAAUAAAUCAGGUGCCUAAGCUGGACUUGGUUGCUAUCAGCUUACUGAUAGUUCCACAAAGAGUUUUGUGAAUGGAGCUAUAAAUAUAACUUAGUUGUGAUGCUACACUCCCCAAUAUGUGCAGCUCCAGCUUCUGCCCAGUAAGAUGGGAGUAAUUCUGUAAUAAGAGUUUGGGACGUGAUGGGAUGGGGCCCAAUGAAAGAUAACUGUGAGAAAUAGGGACAGCUAAGUCUUCUCUCUUUGGCAUGUGUGAGUGACGAUAAGAACUUAUACUUGCCGUUAUUGCUGUUAAAAGUAACUGUGUGCAAUGAGACAAUGGCGAGGGCUUCUUUCCAUCAUAAGGUUUGCACGGAGUACAGGUUAUUAUUGAACUUAGAGUGUCCCUUUAAGUUACUUGUUGAAGUAACAAUAUUGACCAAAUUCUGUUUAUGUUCACAGUUUAAAAUAUGAGUCGAUCCAAACGACUUGAUGGCACUAUGGAUAAGCAAUGGGAGGCUGAGAGACGUGGAGCCAAAAGGGCAGAGGUGCGACUUAACAAUGGGAUUCAGCAGAUAGAAGAAGCCCAACUUUAUCAUGUCAACACAAUGACCAGGGAGCAAAAAAAGCUCCAAAUGGAUUUAAUCAAGAUGAAACAGGGUAAGAACAUCGGUAGUGUCACUAAAGGAUGAUCACAAAUCCAUCCUUCAUUACAUGCUAUCCUUCCUGCAAAAACUCGUUCUUUCUGCAUUAUGAAUUUUAUAUGUGUAUUACAAUCCAAUGUACACACUAUAUACCAAUGCACACACUACAUCCCUUAUACACACUGUACCCCCUAUACACAAACACAAUAACCCCUAAUGUGCAUAACAUCUCAUAUUGCAAAAAAAAAAUACAAUGAAGCUUUUUAAUCUCUUUGUUUUGGAGUUAGUAAGAAUGGGAUGUUUUAUGUUAUUCUCUAUCAAUAAAUUUAAAAAAAGAAUGAAGAGAACCAAUUAUAUUUCCCCCAUUACCCCGACUGAUGUGAUAUCUCUGUAUAUAGAAACCAUUUCCUUAAUGUCGAGGACAGACCUAAGGAAUUCAUAUUGUUCAUAUCGGACCUAUAUACCAAUGAUAGCUUUAGUUCCUUUAGAGACCUUCAUAACAAAUAUAAUCUUCCAUUAGGUGAAUUAUUUAACUAUCUAAUGAUAAGAAUUUUUUUUAUCCAUGUCAAAUAGAAAUCGAUUUAUGGGUUAAAUUUACCCAAUCUUAUUGGCCCUCAAAUCUUAUAUAAAACAUUAUUACCAUUUUGUCCUCGGAAAAUACCUUAUACAAAGCAAAAUAUAUACACAAAUUGGAACAGGAUUUGAUUUAUCAAUUUCCCUUACAAAUAUGGUUUGAGGUUUGGCAAAGUACUAGGAAAGCUACGCAUUGUAUUAAUUUACAAGAACAAUACUAUCAAUUAACCCAUCGAUGGUAAUUGGUUGCCUCAAAGCUAGCCAAAAUAGAUAGACAAACUACAGAUCUAUGUUGGCGAUGUCAAAGUGAAAAAGACACACACCUUCAUAUCUUGUGGGAAUGCGGUGUAUUGGAACAUAUUAAACAUGAUAUAAUAGGAUUUUUUUAAAAGGACACUAUAGUCACCAGAACAACUACAGCCUUUAGUAUUUGUUCUGGUGAGUAGAAUCAUAACCUUCAGGCUUUUUGCUGUAAGCACUUUUCAGAGAAAAUGCAGUGUUUACAUUACAGCCUAGUGAUAACUUCACUGGCCACUCCUCAGAUGACUGUUAGAGAUCCUUCCUGGGUCAUGGCUGCCUAAAAUGCAUCCAAGCAUUCAGUGUCUCCUCCCUCUGCAUGCAGACACUGAACUUUCUUCAUAGAGAUUCAUUGAUUCAAUUCAUCUCUAUCAGGAGAUGCUGAUUGGCCAGGGCUGUGUUUGAAUAAUGCUGGCUCUGCCCCUGAUCUGCCUCCUUGUCAGUCUCAGCCAAUCCUAUGGGGAAGCACUGUGAUUGGAUCAGGCCACCAUUUCUGAUGAUGUCAGCAGACAGCUUGCUAUUCUGAUGCAAAGAUCUGCAUUGCCAAAUAUUGGAAAAGACAAUAGACCCUGUCUUUGAACUAGGUACAGGCUCAAAUUUCCCAUCAAGUUCAAUCAGAGAGAUUUUUCAACAAUAAAGAUACUCGGUUGUUAAUUAAAUACAAUAAAAUAUGGUCUUUCUAGUUCUCUGCCGAUUCCUGACGAUCACCUUAAGAGAGCAUGUCAUAAGGUAUCCGUAGGGACCAUCAGGGACUUUGGUGGUGCCCCACGAAGACUGAGUGCUGGUCCUGUCGGCAGGGGAGGACCCAGCGAAGCUUUUCCGUGCACUGAUGCUACCUUCUACGAUGCUGAUACCAUGGAGAAUGGCUGCGGAACCGACUGUUCCAGCCCCCGGUCUGCAGGACUUAACCUAGGGCAGAGCCUGAGACCAUCCAUAGACUGUCUCAACCUGCAGAGUGCAACCUAUGUUACCUAAAUAGGGGUUUCUAUAUAACCCAUAACCACCUGUUGACCUGCCAUAGGCAACUAUUGUUUUUAGUUUUACCUUAGUUUUUCUGAUAGUCAACUUUUUCAGUUAAAACUCAUAUUAUUUAAAUGCCAAUUCAAUAUAUAAUCUCUACAGGGGAUGUAUGGAAGUGCCAAUGCAUGCAUAGAUAGACUUGGGUACCCGAGUACCUGCUUUACUACUAGCCCAAGCCAGCCUUGUUCUAGGUCUCCCUGUCCUAUACUGCCCAGUAUCUUGAGCAGUGUGUAUUUAUGGGAUAAAUCGAUACAGAUGGAAUAGUAAAGAUUUAUCAUUUGAAUUUCAGCUUCGGCUAAGAGCAAAACCACCACUCGAAGUGGUGUACCCCCAGGAAAACCAGCUUUACAUCCAACAGGAGGCAGAGGACAGUUGCUCAGACCUGAAAAUCAUGCAGAAAGGUGAGUUAUAAUGUUUUGUUUGCUCUUUACGUUGGUUGACCCCAUCAUUGAUACAAGCACUUGGGGGGCAAGUGGAGUUGUCAAGCUUGAAUUUGGGUAGAAAUUACAAACUAAAGAUCUAGGAAUUAAAAUUCUCAAAACACAUUUCCCAGUAGUAAUAAUUAACACAGCCGAACUACUUUAAUCUGCAUUAUCAACAAAAUCAGCACAAAAUAAUGAGUUGUGAUAAAAGUAUAUCCUUGUGCUGUCCUAUAUAUUAUGUACAGUAACUGCUAAGAUAAAACAAGGUUUGUUUAAAGAUUAAACAAAAUACUAUCAUGCUAAGUAAAUAAGAUGAUUGCAUACCAGUCAAAUUCCAAAUAAGUGGGAAGUUGAAAGCUUUUUUUGGCUAGCUCUAUUUAGCCACUUUGCGUACUUACAAUAAGACUACCAAAAUUUUUUUGUUUUAUGUAACCUUUACAAGUUUCCACUAACAUAUUAGCCUGUAUACGGCCUGUCACGCAAAGAAACUGCUUUGAUACAAAAUACUUACAAUAUUGUAACUUGCUAAUUUUUAAACAUAUCCUCAAAAUCAACCUUUGUAUAAAGAUUUAAUUUUUGCUAAAAUCUUCCUUUUGAAAAAAAUGCAUGGCAUUCUUUUGUCCAAUACCUACCCACGCAGUCUUUAAACUGAUAAACUAAGCACCAAAACAACUUCAGCUUAAUGAAGCCGUUUUGGUGUAUAGACCAUGCCCCUGCAGUGUCACUGCUCAGUUCUCUGCAAAUUAGGAGUUAAAUACUUUUGUUUAUGUUUAGGCAGCCCUAGCCAUACCUCCACUGACUGUAACUCACACAGCCUUAAUGAAAAAAAUGGUUUAAUAUUCAAUCAGAUGUGACAGCAUAGUGUGUUAACUUUAGAAGUUUUUAAAUCAUGUUAAUUGAACUUUAUUCACACAAAUGAGGCUCACACAGGCUCUAAAUUUAUUAAUUUAUAAAAUGUUUUACCAGGAAGGAUACAUUGAGAUUUCUCUUGUUUUCAAGUAUGUCCUGGGUCCACAAAACAUUGCAUUGAUACGAUAGGGUACAAUAAAAUAGUGAAAAUAAAAAAACAAUAUUAAUACACAAUAUAUACAAAAUUUAACAUAGGUAAGAAAUAUAUAAUCAACCGUGACAUGUGCAUUCUGUUUUGAGAUAUGUAGAGAGUGAUCUCUUAAAGGAUUUUAGGCUGGGUGAAGAUUUGAAAGAGUGUGGGAGGUCCAUAAUUGUGGUGCUCUGUAGGAAAAUGAGGAUCGAUUUCUUUUUGUAUUGUGGUAGACUAAAUAAAGUGCUGGUACUGAAUCGGAGGUUAUAUGAGGUGGGAAAAUCCCAGGAGAGCAUUUUGCUCAGGUAGGGUGGGAGCUUCCCAGAAAAGCUCUUAACCCCUUAAGGACAGCGGGCGUUCUAUGCCGUCCUUUUUAGGAUGGUCCUAAACGCCGGCGGGCAACAUAGAACGUCCCCGCCUUCCUUUAGACUUACUGGGUCCCCGCCGUUCCCACGCCAGAUCCUGAGGUCUACCUGGGAGCUCAGGCAGACCCCCUCUGCCCAAUCUGGCGCCCUCUUCCCGGGGUCUAUGCGAUCACAUGGCCAGAAUACCUGGCUUAUGCAGUGCCUGCAGGGGGCCUGUCUGACCACUCAGGCAGUCCCAUUAAUGCCAGUAAAAAAGUUUAGAAAGUUAAUAAAAAGUUUAAUAAAGUAAAUAAAAGUACUUGGAUCAUAUAUAUAUAUGAUCUAAGUACUUUUAUAUGCACAUACACAUACAUAAACCAUUAAUAAAAGUGUAUUUUAAUAUUAAUAUAUAUAUACUAUAUAUUAAAAUUAAAAUACACGUAGAUUUACACUAAUUUUAUAUAUAUUUAUAAUUAUAUAUAUAAUUAUAUAUAUAACAUACAAAUAAUCAAUAAAUACAUUCUAAAUAUGGAAAAAUAAAAAUAAAAAAUAUAAAAAUAAAUUGAAAAAAAUUAUAUACCAGUUUUAAUAUGUUCUAACUGUAUUUUGAUAUUAAUAUACAUAUAUAUUACAUUCAAAAUACAUUUAGAAUGACAUUAUAAAUACAUAUAUGUAUCUAUCUAUCUAUCUAUCUUUUUAUACAUAUAUAUAUAUAUAUAUAUAUAUACGUCCCAGGUCCCAGCACUCAAUGCUCCCGGUCUUUUAAUGCUCCGAUGCUGUCUCCAACCAAAUUGUAUACAAUACCAGUAGAGAGCACUCAGGAGUCUUUCAAGGUAAAUUUCAUCUGUUGCUUUAUUGAGCAAUUACAAAUUCACACAACGUUCCAGUCGACGUUUCAGUCUGUAAAAGACUUUUUUCAAGAAAAAGUAUUUUACAGACUGAAACGUCGACUGGAACAUUGUGUGAAUUUGUAAUUGCUCAAUAAAGCAACAGAUGAAAUUUACCUUGAAAGACUCCUGAGUGCUCUCUACUGGUAUUGUGUAUAUAUAUAUAUAUAUAUAUAUAUAUAUAUAUAUAUAUAUAUAUAUAUAGCUAUAUAUAAAUAAAAAUUAUUUUAAAAAAUUAUUUAUACAUAUAUAUUUAAAUUCUACAAAUAUAUUUAUAUAUUUUUACAUAAUCAAGUCAUUUUAUUAAUUACAAUUUGCUGGACCUGCCUGACAACCCAGGCUGAAAGUCCAGAGAACUUGGCUUGCAAUCCCUAUAUUUAACCCUGUAACUUUCCAUGACACCAUAAAACCUGUACAUGGGGGGUACUGUUUUACUCGGGAGACUUCGCUGAACACUAAUAUUAGCGUUUAAAAUCAGUAAAAGAUAUCACAACGAUGAUAUCAUCAGUGAAAAUCAGUUUUUUGCAUUUUUCACACACAAAGGUACUUCCACUGAUGAUAUAAUUGUUGUGAUACAUUUUACUAUUUUGAAACACUAAUAUUUGUGUUUGGCGAAGUCUCCCGAGUAUAACAGUACCCACCAUGUAGGCCUCAUGAUGGCAUACUAUUUGCAAAAGUAGACAACCCAAGGUAUUGCAAAUGGGACAUGUCUAGUCUUUAUUAGUAGCUUAGUCACAAACACUGGCCAAAAUUAGAGUUCAAAUAAGGUUUUUGCAUUUUUCACACACAAACAAAUAUGAACGCUAAAUUUGGCCAGUGUUUGUUACUAAGUGGCUACUAGAAAAGACUGGACAUACCCCGUUUGCAAUACCUUGGGUUGUCUACUUUUGCAAAUGGUAUGCCAUCAUAGGGGUAAUUUUCAUUCCUGGGCUACCAUUUGGUCUCAAAGGCAACAUAACCAAUCUGGCGAAUUUCAACAUGUAUAAACUGAAAAAUGUAACAUGCUAUAUUUGACCCUGUAACUUCCCAAAACACCAUAAAACCUGUACAUAGGGGAUACUGUUUUACACGUGAGACAUUGCUGAAUACAAAUAUGUGUAUUUUAUUGCAGUAUAAGCAAACAGUAUUAUGACAUUCACAGUUAAAAUGUCAUGUAGAACUAAAACAAAAAAUGUUUAAAUCUUAUUUUCUCCCAUUUUUAAAAAUAUUUUAUUCAUAUUAAAUUAUGUUUCAUAGCUAAAUAUUUGAUGUUAAAUGAAAGCCCUGUUUCCCCUGAAUAAAAUGAAAUAUAAGUGUGGGUGCACUUAAUAUGAAAGAGGUGAAUUACGGUUGAACAGACAUAUAGUCAAAUUCCAGUUUUUGUUUACGUUUUGUUUUGAUCACAACGUGUACAUUUGGCUCAGUCCUUAAGGGGUUAAACAUAAGGCUGGAAAGAUGAAGGGUGUGUCUGGAUUCUAGGUAUAGCCAGUUUAGCUCUUUUAGCAUGUCACAAUAGUGGGUCAUUUAAUUAUAUUGUAACAAACAACGGCAGAACGAGUUAUACAAUGUAGUAAGUUUAUUAAGGUGUGUUUGUGGUGCAGGUGCAAAUAAUACAUCCCCAUAAUCAAUGAUUGGCAUCAGCAUUUGCUGUACAGUCUUUUCCUUUACUGUAGGGCUUAGACAGGAUUUGUUUCUGUACAGGGCACCUAGUUUUGGAUAAAGUUUAGAUGCAAGCUUUUCUAUGUGGAGGCCAAAAGAUAGAUUGGGGUCUAACAACAUACCCAAGUAUUUGAAAGAAUGGACUGCGGUCAGUGUAUUAUUUGAUUUUGUUCUGAUGCAUAGAUGGGAAUUGUGUAAUUUGUGUAAUUUAGGUACUGUUCCAAAGAUCAUUGUGACAGUUUUGUCAGUGUUUAGGAAGAGUUUGUUUUUGUGGUCCACUUUCUACCUCUGUGAAGUGGUUUUGGGGCACAGCCUCAAGCUGUGGUAGAUGUGGUUUGCUUGCAUAGAUUACGGUGUCGUCUAUGUACAUGUGAGGCUUUGCCAACAUUAGGCAGAUCAUUUAUGAAUAAUGUGAAUAGUAGGUGUAGUAAGCUGUGGAUGUUACAGUGCAAGGAGAAGCCUUUUUUUUAACGGUGAGACUAGGAAUGAAAUCUGUUGGGGGACCAGGGUUAUACUCCACAUCGUUUGCAACAGCUAGUAACACGAGUAAUACAAAUUUGAACAUAAUCUAAGUUUAGUGGUAUUGCAAUUGUGAGGUUUUAUCAUUUUUGUGGGGGGCAGGGAGGUGGGAGGGUUGUAUUUUAACACUCUCUUCUAUUAACAGAAAAGGAGAUAAAAAUGAUAAUUAAACAAACUGAAAAUUUAAACUUUAGAUCUCUGUUUAAAGUAAAUGUGUAGGGGAGACUGUGUAGGUCACAUGCAGGAGAGGUUUUUCAAUGACAGUAGGAGUAAUUUAACUUCUAAAUGCAGGAUAAUUGAGCAGUGAGACUGCAGAGGCAUGAUCUAUACACCAAUAAACCUCAAUUAAACUAAAGUUGUUUUGGUGCUUAUAGUGUCCCUUUAAUAUUGGGAGUAAAUAAAUGAGGUAACCUGUGACAAUAUAAUCUCUAUAAUUAAAUAUUGUGUAAAAAGAACAUUUUGCUUUCUAUAGAAUAUAAGUCAGAUGUUCUAAGUUCUACAAUGCCUUCAAAAAAAUCUUUAAUGUAAAGAUUGGAUGUUAUUUACAUAUUUUCAGAACAAGAAAACAGUCUGCAUCCAGAUCCAAUGGGCCUGUGAUGGCUUCCGGUUCAUCUAUGACUCUUCAGAUGCGCAUUAAUGACUUCAUGGAUGGAGUUGGCAAAAAAGGCAAGAUGGCUGAGCCUCCUGUUUCUGGAAUGAGUGUGACAGAUGUAGGAAAUUCAAUAGCAAGAAGACUAAGCAUUUCUGGGAACUCAACGGUGACUGAAGUCAGAGAAUCUAAUAACAAAGACCAAGAUUCAGCCAGUGGAGUAACUAUGGAAUCCAGUGACAAGUCGCUAGGGUCAAGCAUGAAAUCCUUACAGGAGACCUCCACAAGACCAAUAUAUGUAACCCCUCCAUCUGCAAGGUCAAGAAGAGGUUCUCUUUUCAAAGAAAAGCUUUAUUUUGAUGAAGAAACCUAUGCACCAGAUGGGGGGCUUCGGACCCUUCACACAAUGCCCAGUGCGAUGGACUCUUUUGAGGAGGCUAAAAAGGCAAGGUAUAUUCGGCAUUCGAAGAAGAUAGAGUCGGAGAGGGAGCUAAGUGUGCAGGAGAUAUUCCAAAGAGAGCAAGCCCAAGAUGAUGAAGAAAACUACUCUGACAGUUAAAAAAUGACAUUGCACAAUGAAAAUGUAAAACAAGCAAACUUUUCCAUGUUUUGAUAAACAAACUUUACCCCAAAAAGUCAUUUGUUGUAUUACAUUAGUGAGACUCUUAGGGAUGCUUGUAUUAUUCUGUCGCUCAUCUAUUGCUAUUGUACUUCUUUUACUACUUGUUUAAUAAUUUUCCUCACAUAUAUAUAUAUAUAUCUUCCAUUUUGUCCCUCUGCAGGUAUUUUCAUGUUAUCCGUUAUUUGCAUCAUGAAAUACAAAGUGAUAAAUUAUGCCUUUUUCUUGUUUUGGGUUUCUAUUUGUGGCCAAAUACUGUCUUUUUGUAACAUACACUCUUCAUGCAUGCUAAAUAUAUAUAUAUAUAUAAUAACUUUGAAUUAGUACAUGCCUUCAUUCCAAAUUCCUGAGAGGGCUUGUUCCAUCUCUGAACUAAUGUGGGUAAUUAGGACCCUCGUUAUGGUAAGUUUUAAGUGGGGAUUGAUUGGCUCAGGAGUGCCUAUCUCUCGGUAAGAUAUUAUGUUCAUACUUGGGAUAAGAAAACUGCAUAUCUGUUGGAUCUAUUGAGUGUCAAAUUACUUUGCAAGACCCUGGGGGACUGGUCCUGUAUGUAUUAUGACCAGAACACUGGGCAUUCCGUAAUCCACUGACCAGACCGUUGGAAGAGGUAAUUCAUUAUGUCUUUAUCCAAUUGUGCCUCCAAUCACUAAAACAUAAAAUGGAGGAAGAUGAGAACGAUUACUUAACCCCUGGAUAUUUUUGGUGUCCAAUGGGCCUACGGUGCAUCAGGACAUAAUGAGAGAGUCACUCAGUUCCCUCAGGGUUAAUCCUGGAAUUUCACAGGCCUUAUGGAUUUUGUAUUGUUAUAUAAUGUUAGUUAUUGUAAAGUCAUGUUACUUAGCCAGGAGUAACGACCCCACACAACAGAUUCGCAAAAGAAGCACAACACCCUGAAUAUCCUUUACAUGCUGUGUAACCCGAUAUCCUCCAUAUAUUAGUGUUUGAUGCUUUGUGACUCACGAAACAUUGUACUGUAAUGGUAACAAACCUGUAACUCUUACUGCGUUUCAAUAAAAAAU